AGGGUUGAGAGAGCCUUUGGGCUCAAGCACCAUGGCCCCUGGACUGCCGGCACUGCCGGGGUCCGGGAUGCCAGGCAUGUCGCCGAUGGGCAUGGCUGGCGGUCAGCCAGGUGGGAUGAGCAUGCCAAGCAACACGCCGGGUAGCAUGCCCAGCAUGCCGGGCAACAUGCCGGGCAACAUGCCGGGCAACAUGCCAGGUGGCAUGCCAGGUGGCAUGCCAGGUGGCAUGCCAGGCGGCAUGCCAGGCGGCAUGCCAGGCGGCAUGCCAGGCGGCAUGCCAGGUAUGAUGACGCCGCCGUCCGGCCAAGGUGGCAUGCCAGGCAUGCAGGGCAUGAUGGGGGGCAUGAACCCCAUGAUGAACCCCAUGAUGAUGAUGAUGAUGCAGGGCAUGCAGCAAAUGCAGCAGAUGCAGCAAAUGCAGCAGGGCAUGCAGCGCGGAACCACCAUUGCCGCUGAGGUCAUGAAAAAUAUUCGGAAAGAGACUGUUAGGCCGUCUCAUCUAGAGCCAACCGACGAGGACAUUGAUCCAGAAGUCCAGGAGCUGUGUGACUAUUUCAAUAUCGAGGACCGGUGGAUCAAGAGACUCAACGAGACCAUGCUGAAGCGGCAGGACACCAAGGCGGAGGAUUUGGAGAAGUUGUACGAGACCUUGGAGCGGGCCCGCAGCCCCACUGGGCUUCUGACGGUCAAGAUCGGUGAGAUGGAGAGUGGCCGCUUCAUUGGGAAGGUUAAGCCCGACAAAGAAGUGGAGCGGCUGGCCCGGAAGUUUAAGUUGGAUGACCCGGUAGCCUCCAGAUUCACCGAGCUGAUCCACCGGCGGAAGAAGGAUGGGGAAAUCGACCGCAUGCACAAGGACCUGAACACCAUUGAGCAGCACUUGCGGCAUUGCAAGCGGGCCAAUGCUCUGGCCACUUUGCUGGUGGGUAAGCUGCUGGAGGGCGAGGUGGAGGAGCUGCCGGAUUUGUCGGAGGCGGAGCGGGUAAUGGACAAGUACCGCCUGGACGAUGAUGCCAAGUCCAAGCUCCGGGAGAUCAUCGAGAAGCGGGCGGAGGACAAGGACGAGAUCCUGGUGAAGAUCAAGAAGCACUUGGACAACUGCUCCAAUCCAUCGUCCAUGCUGUGCAAGAUCGCACGGCCACUCAUUGACAACGAGAAUUUAGCUGAUCCGCCUGAGCGUCCACAGAAGGGCGGCGAAAAGGGCAGCGGCAAGGGCCGCGAGAACCGCGAAGACAACCGUGGAGACAACCGCGGCGAAAAGCGCGGCGACAAUCGCGGCGACAACCGGCAGGACCGCCGCAGCCGCAGCCGGCGCCGGGAUCGGAGCCGUAGCCGCCGCCGCAGCCGCAGCCGGCGACGGGACCGAAGCCGCAGCAAGGAGCGCUCCAAGAGUGCGGAGAAGGAGAAGGAGAAGGAGAAGAAGUCUGGCGAGUGAUGGCCCAAGCCACUGCGGGGCCCGACAAUCCGUGAUUCACGUUGGGUUGGCUA